CGGCUGGGACUCUGGGACCAUGCUCUUUUGACUGACUUCUCCUUUCGAACUUUCCUGGAAAAUUUAACGAGUCUUGUUUACUCGGAAGCCUGUUUGUUUGGUGGGUUUUGACUUUGACUUGAGUUGAUGCAUCAAGUGUUGAUAUGGAAGAUUGAGAUUCUUGAAGAGCUGGAGACCAGAGGCAGUCAUGGAGGCAAUCUUUCUGUGCUUAAUUUCUCUGGUUUUGAGGGUUUCCGGUAUUACUGAAGGUGAUGCCUUGUAUGCACUAAAGUCAAGUUUAGUCGACCAUAAAGAAGUUUUACAAAGUUGGGAUACUAGCAGUGGUAGUCCUUGCAUAUGGUUUCACGUUACGUGCAAUGGUGAUGGUAAUGUUAUAAGAGUUGAUCUUGGAAAUGGAAGUUUAUCUGGUCAAUUGGAUUCAAGAGUUGGUCAGCUUACAAAAUUAGAAUAUUUGGGACUCUACAGUAAUAACAUAAGUGGAAAAAUACCGGAGGAGCUUGGGAAUUUGGAAAACUUGAUGAGCUUGGAUCUUUACUUCAACAAUUUAAGUGGUCCAAUUCCGGGCACAUUGGGCAAGCUUCAAAAACUACGUUUCUUGCGGCUUAACAACAACAUCUUGAUGGGAACUAUUCCUAUGUCUUUAACUACUGUAUCAUCACUGGAAAUCCUGGAUCUAUCGAACAACAAACUAACAGGAGAUGUACCAGACAAUGGCUCCUUUUCAUUAUUUACUCCCAUCAGUUUUGGUAAUAAUCCUCUAAGUAAUAAUUCUCCAAAAAGAACGCCUGAUUCUCCAUCUCCAAUUUCUCCAAAGCCAUUGACUCCACCGACUCCUUCAGGAAACAGUGCCAUUGGUGUCAUUGGUGUCAUUGCUGGAUUUAUUGCUCUUGGUGUGUUCAUUGCCUCUGCAAUUGUUUUUGUUUGUUGGCGACUAAGGAGACCACGGGCGCACUUUUUUGAUGUACCUGCUGAGGAAGAUCCAGUAGUUCAUUUGGGACAGCUCAGAAGGUUUUCUCUUCAUCAACUACAAUAUGCAACAAACAAUUUUAGCAAUAAAGACAUACUGGGUAGAGGUGGAUUUGGUAAAGUUUACAAAGGACGCUUGGCUGAUGGUUCUCUAGUGGCAAUAAAAAGAUUGAAAGAGGAGCGUACUCAUGGUGGGGAACUGCAGUUUCAGGCAGAAGUAAGAAUGAUCAGCAUGGCAGUGCAUAGGAAUCUACUUCGUCUGCAAGGCUUUUGCAUGACAUCGACAGAAAGGUUGCUUGUCUAUCCUCUUAUGGUUAAUGGAAGUGUUGCAUCAUGUUUAAGAGAGCGGACAGAUGGACAAUCCCCUCUUGAUUGGCCAGCAAGGAAACGAAUUGCAUUGGGAUCUGCAAGGGGGCUUGCUUAUUUGCAUGAUUCUUGUGACCCUAAGGUAAUUCAUCGUGAUGUGAAGGCAGCAAACAUACUGUUGGAUGAAGAGUAUGAAGCAGUGGUUGCAGAUUUUGGGCUGGCUAAACUCAUGGACUACAAGGAUACUCAUGUUACCACAGCUGUACAUGGAACACUUGGGCAUAUUGCACCAGAGUACCUCUCCACUGGAAGGUCUUCAGAGAAGACUGAUGUUUAUGGAUAUGGGAUCAUGCUUCUUGAGCUCAUCACUGGGCAAAGGGCUUUUGAUCUUGCUCGGUUAGCCAGUAAUGAGGACGUUAUGUUACUCAGUUGGGUUAAGGAACUGUUGAACAACAAGAAGUUGGAAACACUGGUUGAUUCCAAGCUGCAGGGCAAUUACAUUGUGGAGGAGGUAGAGGAGCUAAUCCAGGUGGCUCUCCUUUGCACACUAGACGCAGCUUCAGACCGACCCAAGAUGUCAGAUGUGGUUAAAAUGCUUGAAGGUGAUGGUUUAGCUGAAAGGUGGGAACAGUGGCAAAAGAAGGAUAUAAUUUGCGGAGAGCAAAAUCAUAGCAACUUCCCCUCUAAUAAUUGGAUUAUAAAUGACUCCACUCCAGGCCUUCAUCCUGAAGAAUUGUCCGGUCCCAGAUGAUGCUUUUGCUAUUCCACAUGCAUAUGUAUAGGGUUGUCUUGGCUCACACCUGAAGCCUCAGCUUCUAGUUUGUAGCAAAGUUUAUAUUGGAACAAGCAGAUUUGCAUAGGUGUGCCAGAGCUAUGAGUUCAAUCAAUCUAAUUCAACUUUUGCUCCAAAUUAUCAUGAUUAUGAGAAAUUUUUACAGGACAUCUUCUAAAUGCUAACAGAAGAUCGUUCAAGGCAGGGACUAGAUCUGCCUAUGCUUUGUUGUAUAUGAGUUGAGACAGAAUCAUAACAUUUGUGGAAAUUAAUGAGUUGAGAUAGAAUAAUAACAUUUGUGGAAAUUAGUGAAAAUAUAAGUUUUGUAUGUUGGCAAUUCCAUUCCAAUUGUAAUAAAACCAGCCUAAGGAGAGCUUAAUCUCAUCUUCUACCUAGUUGAAGAUGAAGGGGCUUGAUGGACUAGCUUCCCAAGUCUUGUUGAUAAAGUUGUCAUGUUUGGGUGCUUUUGUAUAAAAAUUGUAUUUAAAAGCUUGAUAUUUUAA